AUGUUAUGGGAAGUCGGCAAUGCUGCAUUUUCGGUUUAUGUUGCUCAGGAACCCUUGAAGAAUGAGCGACCCAUCACUUACGAAUCACGAGAUCCGAAUGGCAGCUUGUUGACAGGCUUGAAGGGGAAGAAACUACAGACACGAGCCUUUGCUUUCUGGGAGUUAGCAUAUAUUGCGGAAAGAUUUGAAGGUCGUCGCAAAUCGAUUUAUGAGGAUAUUGACCGAAAAGGAGGAUCAGCUUGGUCACAGAUACUGGGAGUAUGCCUCGGGGUCAUCAGUGGCGUGACAUUACGCAUCGCUGAGUAUGAAAGACCACCAGCUGCUGCACCUUCAUCUACGGCAUCAAAUCAGGAUUUCAUAUCAGGGCUGCCACGACUAGCUCCUCCAAUCAAAGAUAGUCUCAAGAAGCCAGGGGAUCUGUUUGGAAAUGCUGCAAAGCCAACUUCAGCUAGCGAGAGCGCUCUGCAAGCGGUUGGGAAGUAUGCUAAAAACCACGGACAAUCACCAAAUUCAGGUCUUUCUCCAAAGUCCCGAAAGCUACUGGAGAAAGCCGAGGGUGUCAUUUUGACUCCAGCUCAGAAGCAAAUGAUGGCUGCUCAGGAUGUCACUGGACUUUUCAGAGACUGGGCAUUGUGGGUGGUCAGCUCGGAAAUAGGAUGGCCAUUCCGACAAGAAUACAGACGAAGAAUCGCUGCUGUUGUGCUCGGAUCGCCAUAUGGCGAUGUAGGCAUUAUUGUUGAUGCUAUCGAUUCCUUGACGAGGUUUGCUGUAUGCAGUCUUACAGAAGACAAGUUCGGCAAUGUCCAAAGAGAUGUCAAACUCAUUAUACAAACACUUACGACGACAAUCACUCAGUUGGAAGGAUUCAAAAGUCGAGUAGGAAAGCACUGGACCGAUGUGAAGUCGAGGCAGGAAAGUCCAGAAGUCGAUACAGUAUUGGCUGCAUUGAAGAGUGGACUGGGUGAAUUAGUGACUGCAUUUGGAGAUUAUAGCGAGGAUUUGCGAUUAAGCCAAAGUGAGAUGAGGAUGGCUAGAGAAGCUGCAACACCUGCUGCUGCACCUCGAUUGCGGCGCCCAACCCCUGGCCCCGAACGCUCAGCACGAGUGAGAAGACCUUCGUUGCUGAAGAAGCUGGCUCAUCCUGAGGAUUUGAUUCCGUUGUUUCCCAAUGGGGCUUAUGUUGGUUGGUCUGGGUUUACGGGUGUUGGGUAUCCAAAGAAAAUCCCAACGAUGCUCGCGGAUCAUGUCGAGAAGAAUGGCUUGGAGGGGAAGUUGAAAUAUACUUUGUUCGUAGGUGCGAGUUCUGGGGCAGAAACUGAGAAUCGUUGGGCGGCGCUCAAUAUGAUUGAGAGGAGAAGUCCUCAUCAAGUCGGGAAGCAGAUUGCGAAGGGAAUCAAUAAUGGGAAUAUCAAAUUCUUUGAUAAGCAUUUGUCGAUGUUUCCGGUGGAUUUGGUCUAUGGAUUCUAUACCAAGGAUCGGCCGAACAAGAAACUAGAUGUUGUCGUGGUGGAAGCUUCAGCAAUCACGGAAGAUGGUGGAAUUAUACCUGGAGCUUCCGUUGGAGCCUCUCCAGAAUUGAUACAAAUGGCAGACAAGAUCAUUGUCGAAGUCAACACCGCUAUCCCAAACAUGGAAGGCCUCCACGACAUCACCAUGACCCAACUACCUCCUCAUCGAAAGCCUUACCUGAUCAUGGCACCAGAAGACCGCAUUGGCACAACCUGCAUCCCCGUAGAUUCCGAGAAGAUCGUGGCGAUCAUCGAGUCAGACUACCAAGAUCAGACUGUCCCGAAUUCUCCAGAAGAUGAGAGUUCUAGAGCUAUUGCGAGACAUCUCAUCGAAUUCCUCGAGCAUGAAGUGAAGCAUGAUCGACUACCUAAAAACCUCCUACCUCUGCAAUCCGGUAUUGGAAACAUCGCCAACGCAGUCAUUGGUGGACUAGCUGAGUCAAAUUUCCAGAACCUGAAAGUCUGGACUGAGGUCCUACAAGACACCUUCCUCGAUCUCUUCGACUCGGGCCGCCUCGACUUCGCCACCGCAACAUCCAUUCGCUUCUCCCCCGACGGCUUCAAACGCUUCUACGACGGCUGGGAACAAUACCACAACAAGCUCCUCCUGCGCUCGCAACAAGUCUCCAACUCCCCCGAGAUCAUCCGUCGCCUCGGCGUCAUCGGCAUGAACACCCCAGUCGAGGUCGACAUCUACGCCCACGCCAACAGCACCUGUGUCAUGGGCUCCCGAAUGCUGAACGGUCUUGGUGGUUCUGCCGAUUUCUUGCGCUCGGCGAAGUAUAGUAUUAUGCAUACGCCGUCCACGAGACCUACGAAAUCGGAUCCGCAUGGUGUGAGUUGUAUCGUGCCGAUGUGUACGCAUAUUGAUCAGACGGAACACGAUCUCGAUGUCAUAGUCACCGAACAAGGAUUAGCGGAUGUGAGGGGAUUGAGUCCGAAGGAGAGGGCGUUGGUUAUUAUUCGGAAAUGUGCGCAUCCUGAGUAUCGACCUAUCUUGGAGGAUUAUUUCAAGAAGGCGGAGUUUGAGUGUAUGAGGAGGGGAUGGGGUCAUGAACCGCAUCUUUUGUGGAAUAGGAGCAUGAAAAAGAUUAAGACUUGGGGUUGA